AUGGCCAGUUCUAAGCUCGACGCAGCGGUUGACAGCGUAUUUCCUGAUACUAGUAAAUCCCGAUCGGGAGUGCCCUAUGAAGGCUUGGAAUAUGAAGACUAUUUUGGCGCUGAGCACAUAUAUCGCUCUCUCACAAGUAAAAGCGUCAACGACGAGGAAUCGGCACACGACACUGAGCAUAGAGUAACAGAAGAAUCUCCGCCGUUUGAACAGGUUCGCCGAAGAGGGAGUACGGUGGUGUCUGCAAUCCAAAGUAUCUCCAAGAAACUUGGGUUCUGGGAUGACGAAUUUCUCUCUCAGCGUAUUUCGAUAAUCGUGACUUUGCUUCAAAACUAUAUAUUUUUGAUCACAGGGUUCAUAUGCGUAUUGUGCUUAUAUUGGGGAUCAUAUUACAACAGAGCUUCGCAUUACAAGAACUUAUACUUUGCUGUUGUCGUAGCAGACGCGGAGGUCGGUUCCUUGACUCCGGUCUUGGGCGAGAUUGUUUCACAAUUUUUUCAACAACCUACCAUGAAAGCUUAUGGCAGUUUUGAUAUGUGGAAUUAUACCAGGAUUUCGUCCUUAGCAAUAGCGCACAACAACAGCAUUGAGCAAGAAGUUCUUAGACAAGUGCACCACCAGCACUAUCUAGCGGCGUUUUACGUGCAUGAAAAUGCCACAGCACAGAUGUAUGACGUUCUUUCUUCGCGUAACGCGUCUUUUAAUCCCUCCACUGACUUACUUUCAGUAUUUUACGAAACAGGGAGCGACUAUAAUGCAAUGACUAAUUAUGUGAGUUCAAUCUUGCAAACAAUAUGCCUAUCGUUUGUGUCUGCAAUGCGAACAGGACCGUGGACGCCAUUCUGGAUGGAGAUUCUAGACAGUGAUCAAGCUCAACAGAUCCUUUCGCAAACACCAUCCUUGUUAACCUCUCUCCCGAACUUCUUGAUCAUUGAUGAGUUACCAGUUAUUCCGCAAGUCGUUCAAGCGCCCUUGCAAAUUGGCCUUAUAUACUUGUGCAUGUUUACGUUCUUCCAGUAUCUCUUCUGUGAGCCAAUACACAAGUCAGUCGCAGCGAAAAUUAAGGACUGGCGCUUUGUGGUCUUUCGAAUAGCGACUGCGCAGGGGGCAUACUUUGUCCUCAGCUUAUCUUACGUGGUACUUAAUACUGCGUUUGGCAUUGACUUCACAAGAACAUUUGGAAACUCUGGAUUCUUGGUAAUUUGGGCCAUUGCUUUCUUGACUAUGUCUUCCGUCGGGUCGGCUAUAGAAAUUUUGGUGCUAGUCUGCAUUGUGCUCAAACCUGCAAUGGUUGGUGUAUGUCUUUUAUUGGUUGCCAUUUUGAACUUGGCUCCAACUAUUUCACCAAUCUAUCUCUGCCCAGAAUUUUACAGGUACGGCUAUGCUAUGCCAAUUUACAAUUCAUAUCACCUUUUGCAAGCAGCGUAUUUCAAUUCAUGGAAAGGUCACAUGGGUCGUUAUUUUGGUAUUUUGGUAGCCUGGAGUUUGGUUACAAAUUCUAUCAUGCCAUUUGUCAUGCGGUGGGUCUCAAAGAAGAUGCAAAAGAGAAAGCUUGCGGCAGUCGCUAUUUCGGAACUUCAGGAUCACGAAACAGAGUAG